AUGGGAGUGGCCGUCAUAUUCUUGAAGGUGGAGGCUACAGCCCUGGCCAUGCAGUUUUCCUACCUGGGCCUGGUGCUGAAUCUUGCCAAACUGUACAUGGGAGUGGCCGUCAUAUUCUUGAAGGGGGAGGCUACAGCCCUGGCCAUGCAGUUUUCCUGCCUGGGCCUGGUGCUGAAUCUUACCAAGCUGUACAUGGGAGGGUCCGUUCUAUUCUUGAAGGUGGAGGCUGCAGCCCUGGCCAUGCAGUUUUCCUGCCUGGGCCUGGUGCUGAAUCUUACCAAGCUGUACAUUGAAGUGGCCAUCAUAUUAUUGAUGGUGGAGGCUGCAGCCCUGGCCAUGCAUGGUGUCAAUGAAAGAUAUGGACCUGUAGUCUUCAGCUGGCCUAGCAUUAUUCGAGACGUGUGGGCCUCUAACAUUGAGGAAGCGUUCCAGGUCAUCAGGCAAGUUGUCCAGCGGUAUAACUAUGUUGCCAUGGACCCAGAGUUUCCUGGAAUCGUGGCACGUCCCAUCGGGGUGUUUCGCAGUGCCGCGGACUACCAGUAUCAACUGCUGCGAUGUAACGUAGACCUGCUCAAGAUCAUCCAGCUCGGUCUUACAUUUCUUGACGAAGCUGGCAACCCAGCCCCAGACUGCUGCACCUGGCAGUUCAACUUCAAAUUCAAUGUGAAAGCAGACAUGCAUGCAGAAGACUCGAUUCAGCUGCUAAUCAACUCGGGCACACAGUUUGCGAAGCGCAGUGUAGAAGGCAUUGACCCGUAUGAAUUUGGACAGCUUCUCACAACUUCUGGUGUCGUCUACUCUGAAAAUGUCUGGUGGCUCACUUUUCAUGGUGGGUAUGACUUUGGCUAUCUGAUGAAAUUGUUAACAGACAUGAAGGUGACGCAGUUUUUUGAACUGCGGCAGAUCAUGUUCCCAAACAUAUAUGAUCUCAAGUUUCUCAUGAGGGGCUGCAAUUCCCUCCGAGGAGGCUUACAGGAACUGGCCAAUCAACUUCACGUAGAACGUGUUGGACAACAACAUCAGGCAGACAGUGACAGCUUGCUUACAGCGGUAGCCUUUUUUAAGAUGCGGCAAGUGUUCUUCAGUGACCAGAUUGACGAUGCCAGGUACUGUGGAGGAAUCUAUGGCCUGGGUCCAGCAUUCGACUCAACCGGUAGCUUUCGCACUACUGAAAGCAAUCCCCUGCCUCCGCCUGUGAUCAGAAAAAGUUUGUUUUGA